AGCGCCCCAAGAGAGAGGUGCGGGAUCCAGAUUCCAGCCAGGGCCUGGGCGGUGCGGAGUGCACCGCCGCGAGAGGUGCCUGCCACUAAGAGCCAGGACCUGCGGGGGCGGGGCGCCCUGGGCACCAGGGAUUGGCGUGCCCGCAGCCUUCUCCCGUCGUGCACCGGGGCGCCGGCCGCUCACCCGGAAGGAGAAGCCGGGACUCUUACUAUAUGGUGGGGCGCUGGCGGUGUCGUUGUGGGGAGUGGGCGCUGCUCUCAGGAGCCAGCCUGGAUCAUUUGUUGGCAGUACAUAUUGGCUGAAGUCAGUUUUCAUUUCAAGAUGUUUUCUUCCAAUGGGCUUUUGGUGUAGGAUGUUGGAGAACCAAGAGCAGGAGGAGGUGAUCACUGUGCGUGUUCAGGACCCCCGCGUGCAGAAUGAGGGCUCCUGGAAUUCUUAUGUGGAUUAUAAGAUAUUCCUUCAUACCAACAGCAAGGCCUUUACCGCCAAGACGUCCUGUGUGCGCCGCCGCUACCGGGAGUUUGUGUGGCUGAGAAAGCAGCUCCAGAGAAAUGCAGGUUUAGUGCCUGUACCUGAACUUCCUGGGAAGUCAACCUUCUUUGGCAGCUCAGAUGAGUUCAUUGAGAAGCGACGACAAGGUCUGCAGCACUUUCUUGAAAAGGUCCUGCAGAGUGUGGUCCUCCUGUCAGACAGCCAGUUACAUCUCUUCCUGCAAAGCCAGCUCUCAGUGCCUGAAAUAGAAGCCUGUGUACAGGGCCGAAGCCCCAUGUCUGUUUCUGAUGCCAUUCUUCGCUAUGCUAUGUCGAACUGUGGCUGGGCCCAGGAAGAGAGACGGGGCUCCUCUCACCUGGCUAAAGGAGACCAGCCUAAGAGUUGUUGCUUUCUCCCAAGACCCGGCAGGAGGAGCUCUCCCUCACCGCCUCCCGGGGAAGAAAAGGAUCAGUUUGAGGUGUGGGCUCCUGUGAUUGACUCUGAGGCUCCUCCCUUGGAGAGCCCCACUCUCCCACCCACCUCCUCUCCAUCAUGCUGUGGUUUUGCAAGACCUGAUGAGGGGAUCUCUGCUUCUCAGCCUGUGAGGAGAGUCCUGGGAGGGGACCAUGCUGUGCCUUUGGACCCCGGUCAGUUGGAAACAGUUUUGGAAAAGUGAGCUCUGCUUGGAGCUCUGGGUUCUGCUCUGAGGUGGAUGAAGGUGAUGCGGGCAGCGAGACUUGCUCAGCUGGGGUUAGGCACAGGCUGGUGCGGGAGGCUGGGCAGCUUCCUGUUUUACCACCGCCUCUGCUCAAGAUGGUUCUGCGGAGAUUGGUCAUAACUCUUCAGGCUUCUUCCAUAGGGAUAAGACACUGUGCAGAUGUUUGUAAGUUAAGCACAAGACCCAGGAGUUGUUGGUUCUGAGCCAAACCCCAUAUUUACUCUCCUGGAAGCUGAAUUUCUUUAGAUGUUUGUUAAUGGGCCCAGGAGCUCAAGUGACUGGUUGGGGACCAUAGGCGUAGGCGGCAGAUUUUAAGCUACCUUAUCAGAGAUUGCUCCAACAGAAAUGCUUGUGUUUCUGUUGUGUCAUUGUAUUCCAACUGGCUAUGUUUUUGCCAAAGCCCCUGGAGCACUGGUUUCUGGGAGGCUGGCCUCUUGCUACCUCCUUGCAUGAACAGUGGGGGGUGUGGGGGUGUGAAUAUUUUUUCUCCCACCUCCUUUCUUUUCCUCCACUCAUAACCACUGAAUGGGAUGGUGCUGUGACUCCUGUCACUGGGGUUUCCUGCACAUCCUGGGACCUCGGCCUGGCUGUAUGGGGCCUGAGACCUGUGAAAUAGCUUGUGGCUGUCCACAGAAAAGAAAGGUUUGGUCACAGCCAAAGGACAGGGAACGGUUCAGGGGGCUUUGUGUUGGGAAAGAUACCCUGGACUGUCCCUGCCUCUCUGGUUAUAAAGCCGAGAUGGACUGUCUUCUCUGCAGGGUUAGCUGAGCUCCUUUCUUGUUUGAAUCCUUUUCUUCUCCCUUAGUAACAGCUCCCUUUCCCCAGGGCUUCAGCCACCUCGUGUCCCUCUGCUGUGUUGCAGGAGGCCGUCUGUUCAGUCCAGUGGGGUGCGGGGGCUUUGUUUCUGCCUGGAGAGAGGGCUCUGGGGAUGGAGAUGAGAAACAACACGCCUUCCUUCAGACAAUGAGGCAUCCUGCCCUCCUGCUGCCGUAAUUCUCUCCUCUGAGAGCUGGAGCUGGGGGAGACGAGUGCCGCUGGCGUUCUGCUUAUCUGCCCGGGCGUCUGUGUGUGGUUCUUCUCCAUCUCGCCCGCCCCUCCCUCCCCUGGCCCCCGCACCCUGUCCGUCGGCUCGUCUACUACUCGCCUAUGCUGUGGGACUGUCAUGGCAUUUAGUUCAGAGUUGCGGGGCUUUGGCCUGAAAUAAAAUUCAAGUAUUUAAGA